AUGCGGUCUCCCUCGCAGGCGAGGCAAAGGAGUCAAAGGAGUGAUGCCGAGGACCCCAAGCCCCGGCGAGCGGCCCGAGCGGCUACGGCCUUCCUUGCCACUAUUCAGGAUGGGGAGGUCGCGCUUGGCGCGUUCCGAUGUUUGCUGGAAGGGAGGCUCGAAGCCAACGCUUUUCACUACAACUCCGUGAUCUCUGCCUGCGCGAAGUCGGAGCGCUGGCAGCUGGGAGCGGAGAUCUUUCGAGAGGCGCAGAGAGAGGUGGCGGUGACUUCCUCGAGCUACGGCGUGGCGGUCGCUUUGUGCGCGUCUGCGUCUUCGCUCUGGCCGACUGUGUUUCACUUGAUGCGUGGGCUGCGAGGAGUCAGCCUACAAUUAGAUCAAAUCUGCUUGAAUGCUGCGAUGCAUGCUUGCACGGAAGCCGGGCAAUGGCAAUCGUCCAUGCACUUACUGAAGAUUUCCACACCAAACCACAUUACCUUCAAUUCUGCAGUCAAUGCUUGCAGUUCGGCCCGGAGGUGGGAAGUCGGAGUCCGGUUCUUCAGCAGGAUGAUGGUGCUCCGAUUGCUGAGCGAGAGAAGCUAUGGAGCCUUGGUCGACUUAUGUGGCCGCUCCACUGAGUGGCGCUUGGCUUUGCAGCUGUGCAGGAGCACUGGUGUCCAGCCCAGCCCCAUUACUCUGAAUGCAGCGACGACGGCCUGCGGAAAGGCUGCGCAGUGGUUAGCAGCGCUUCAGCUGUUGCGGGCACCGGACAUCAUCGGCUGCAACGCUGCAAUGAGUGCCUGUGAGAAGUCGGGUCAGUGGCGGACGGCCCUGCACCUGCGCCCUCAGGAUGGUGAUGUGGUAAGCUUCAGUGCAGCCAUUUGUGCCGUGGGACAAAGUCAACUUUGGCAAGCAACGGUCGAGUUGCUGGAUGGUAUGUUGCAGCGGCAAGUGAAGCCAAACUCAGUGAUCUGUACGGCUGCCAGCUCUGCAUGCAAAGGGCAGUGGCAAAAGGCCUUCUGGCUGAGGUCUCUGACGAAGAGCGGACCACGGGAGCGUUCGUCGCCUCUGUGCGAACUGGCUUGGAGGCAGAGCUGUG